AUGGAAGAACCCGUUGAAAUCCGCACCAUUUUCGGGGGCUCAACCAGUGGAGGGGAUUCAAACAGAGCCCGGAAAACCUACUCUCGAAAGUUCGAUCCUGAACACUACGUCCACUUGACCGAGCGGCCUGGCAAGGAGCUCCGGAUCAAUCCGUUCAGCUUAACCUUUACGGAAGAUGAUGCCCUGGUGGUCACGAUGACUAUAGCAAAUCACAAGAAUGGGGUUUCCCGAUCAUGCCUCCGACCUGUGAAGACCCCCCUGCACGGCUUUGCCGGAGAGAAAGUGAUCUCCGAAGGAGCCAUUUCUCUCCCGGUAACUGUAGGAGAAGGGCAACACCAAGUUACCCUUAUGAUGAACUUUCUUGUUAUCAACGUACCAUCGGUGUACAACGUCAUCCUGGGCAGACCCUCCCUCAAUGCAAUGAGAGUGGUCGUCUCAACGUAUCAUUUGAUGAUGAAAUUCCCAGCUGAGGGAGGAAUAAGUUACCUCCUAGGCAACCAACAUGAGGCUCAGAGAUGUUACGUUAUAGCAGUCAGAAAAGGAUCCGUUAAGGACGUCUUCGCGUGGUCGCAUGCAGAUAUGUCAGGGAUCUCCCCUGAGGUUUUGGUCCAUAGGCUGAAUGUGGAGCCAGAUCACAAACCGGUAAAGCAAAAGAGAAGACCAUUCGACACCGAGCGCUAUGAAGCCAUUGCCGAGGAGGUCUCCAUCCUACUCGAUGUUGGUUUCAUAGAGGAAGUGUAUUACCUCGACUGGAUUGCAAAUGUAAUGUACAACCAAAUUGCGAUGCACCCCCUAGACAUGCAAAAGACUACCUUCGUCACAGACAAGGGACUCUACUGUUACCGGGUCAUGCCAUUUGGCCUGAAGAACACUAGGGCGACGUAUCAGAGGUUGGUAAAUCAAAUGUUCGCUAGACAGAUUGGACACACCAUGGAAGUAUACGUCGAUGACAUGCUAGUGAAAAGUAUUAAGGCAUCCGAUCACUUGACAGAUCUUGGGGAGACAUUCGGUGUCCUCCGAGAGUACCAAAUGAAGUUGAACCCCGCAAAGUACGUUUUCGGGGUUGAGUCGGGAAAGUUCCUUGGGUUCCAAGUCAGUCAGCAGGGCAUCGAGACAAGAUCAAGGUGCUCUUUGACAUGA